AUGUCGGCCCUAGCGGUCAAUAACUCUCCUUUUCAACUUCUCCUUCAAGAUAUCGGAAAGGAAUUGAAGUUAAGUGAUGUUCGUUACAUGAAAUAUCUUCUUCAAGGCCAUGUUAACAAGGAGACUUUAGAACAUCUUGACUCGGGACAGGAGCUCACGAAGGUUCUCCAAAAAAGUGGUUUGGUUUCAGAGAAGAAAUUAGCGUUUAUGAGAAAACUCUUAAUUGAGGCCAAGUGUUUAAAGCAGGUGAACUUAGUGGACGAAUUCAGGGAAAAGUUUAAUUCUGUUUCUAUAGUGGGUAAGUGACAAGUUUUAAUUGAUGUCAUUACAUUCUUUAACAACUAGCCUUUUUGUCAGGUCGGAGCACUGUCGGAGAGUAGAAAAAUCUCGCCUUGUAUUCGCGGUUUACUGCAGAUUUAGAUUUUACUGAUUUUACAGAUUACUGAUUUCAGGAAAUCCAGAAAAUAAAAGUGCAUGGUGAUUAGUGUUUAGACUGAAAUGAUUACCGUUUGAAACUUAAUAUAUUUAUCUACUGUAAUCUUCUUAUUCAGGGUGAUGUGACGCCUGCAGCUCUAUAAAGUAAAUUGCAUCUUCAUUGACGCCUUCAGCCGCUAAAUUAAUCACCAACAUGGUUAUUUAUUUUCCUUCUUCCCCAAAAAUAUGCUUUUAAAUUCUUUCUGCUACUCUGCUGUUGUUUGUUUGUUUUUUAAUAAACAUCCCUUGUCAAGGCAGAAAGCCCAGUUGGAAUGCCGCAUAAGAAAAGUUUUCCAGACUUCCAGUUUUCAAUUUGCCCGCAAAGUAACCGCACUUGUUAAGUUUAGAAUACUCCAAAUUCUUUAUUAUGCCAUCGGUAAAGAUCAGUUACACGUCUGUUUUUUCAUUUGUCUGUCGUGCGUCGCAUCAGUCUGUAGUCCUUUGUUAUCAAAUAUCAUCAGUGUCAUUAUUAUUAUUACAACCAUUAUCGUCUUCAUCAUCAUCAUCAUCAUUAUCAUCAUCAGAUUACAAUUAAUGCCCGAAAGCAUCACUCUAGAGAAACUGUCCACAGCCUUCAUAUUCUCAGGAGCUUAUAAACCGGGAGUGUCCAAUUCCCAUACUUAGCCUUGGAAUCAUUUCGAGCACUUUUCCUCGCGAAAAUGGAAGCAUUGUCCCGUACGCAUGCGCAUCUAUAGUACAAUUAUUACGAAAAGAAGAAGAAGUAAAUACUAUCAAAAUACUAGAUACAGUCAACUCUCUCCAAGACGGACACCUUUGGGACCGGCACUAAGUGUCCGUCUUAGAGAGAUGUCCGUCUUAUAAAGAGUCAAAUAAAGGGAAUAAGCAAAGGCAGGGACCAACUCUAGGUGUCCGUUUUACAAAGGUGUCCGUCUUAUAGAGGUGUCCGUUAAGAGAGAGUCGACUGUAUACUUUUUUUCUCGGCUAGUCUCCGGUAUUUGAUGACUGAUUUGUAAGAGUUAUUUGAUGGUCAAAAUUCGUGGGAAAAUCGAUCUAAUAAUAAGCUGGUCUAUGUAAACACCGUUGCACAAGCACAAGGGAGUCAGGCUGACUCCGCCUUAUGGGCUCCUAUAUUCUAUAGUUUUUUGUUCUAUUAGGUUUCUCCUGAUUUGCCUGGUUAUGUUAGUCAAGUUCACUCCAUUGAUUAAAGUGUGUUAUUUUAAAACUUCCCCUUAGGUGAACGACAGCAGAGCAAUAGAGCAUCCAGAUUGAACAACAGGCGUGAAACACUUCUACGCAUGAUCGAAAGUCUGGAAAAUGAAAUUAAAGUGUGUGAAGACGCCGAAACAGAAUUUUCCAAUCAGAUUAAAGAAUGCGAAGUGCAAAUCCAUGCCAACAACCAAAACCUGGUCGGAGUCGAGGAUGCGAUUCAAAACUUAAAAAAUAACAUUGUUGAAUAUGAGGCCGAUAUAGAAUCGUUUGAGAGAAAAUUGGAGACUGUACGUUUCUUCAUGAAAAAACGACAAGUGGAAUUAGACAAAGUCAAACAGAAACUUGAUGUAAACCAAAACAGUGCAAGCAUCAAGAAAGAAUUGAAAGAAAGGCAAGAAGAAUAUGAAAAUUCUAAGAGGAGCGAGGAUGAGCUUAUCGCGAAACAUCAACACGCUUUGGACAUGGUAAGAACAACGCACGUGGAGAUCAGACACAAAAUACAGGACGCAAUUAAUCUGGAAGAUAACAUACACGACUUGUUGAUGCAGGUACGAGUGCUUAAACAAAGCACGAGAAAACAUCAAAGGACCUCAACGGAGUUACAAGAAAGACUUGAGAAUCUUUCGCUUGAACUUGAAGACACAAGGCGUUUGAAACCCUUGACUCCUUUCUCGAGACCCAGGACUGAAUUUUCGUUACGCUGUGACACUGCAAACGAGCCACAAACAACAAGAAGACUGGAGUAUAAGGUAUGUAACAGAACUGAAAGCAAGAGAGCGCGGAUAUAUACGACACCUUGAACUGCUAGCACUUUCAUUGUAAUUUUACUUGGAAAUCCCAAACCUUACUUCAUGUUAUAAUGCAAUACAAUGACUUUAUCUCAUUGUUAAUUAAAGUAAGUAGGACACAGUUUGGUGGGGUGAUUCUGCUCAGUCAUCCCCCCCUCCUCCGUACCACUGUGACCACCCAAUGUUCAAAACGGAGAUGCGACUAUUUAUCUUUGACAUGUUCCCUAGUUUUACUUACUCUUACAUUUUUAUUUCUUUUCCUGUUGCUAUCUUUUCUAUAUUGUAAAGAUUUUAGACUACGGUGAGAUUACAGAACGAGAAUCAAGGGCAGUUGGCCGAAAAGGGAAACGUGUGAGUCCACCCCAGUUCCAGUUUCCUGUGAGCGUUGCCGUUGAUAGACUAGGAAAUGUUUACGUGGCUGAUUAUGGCAACGCGCGUGUUCAAAUCCUGGAUCUAGAUGGUCAUGUGACACGGGAACCACUUAACAUAGGCGGGAAAUGUCGACCAUGCGCUCUGGCGGUCAGUCUGAGAGGAGACCUGGUAAUGACCGACUCACAGAUUUUAAGGGUGUUUAGCAAAGCUGGUAAGUAGGUUGUUGUUGUUGUUUAGUAGAAAAGAGUUCGGACGCACAGAAAUGGCUGGGAACAAAUAACCAUGAAUGUGAAAAGUUAUUUCUUUUCCAGCCGUGCAGGUUGUACUUUUUCUCUCCUCAGUCUCUCGAAUGCGAUUCUUCCUUUAAGACCGCAGAACCAGCAUAAUUGCUCAUGAAUUGAACUUGUAGCAUUGGGAAACCCAGGAUAAUAAAUUGAAAAGAUUCCGUGCAACUCAAUGUAGAGGAUUGGAAAGGGAACAACUCUCAAGAAAAUCCGUUUUGAAUUUUCAGCUCAAUCGCUAGAAGUGCGCUACUAGCUAUGCUCUUUCAGAAGUGACGAGACUUCGCAGAUAGAGGGAUUGUGGAAAAAAUAAACGGAGUGUAAGAGAGUCAGCACAAGCCUCUUGUGAAUUCAUGGUCGCCAGCAGCAGUGGGCGAAACUGCAGUAUGGCUUUGCACAUGCGUGUAAUACUGACCGCUGAGAUCAGUUGAGAUCAGGACAAACAGUAUUUUGUAUCAUUUCUUCUUACAGGUGAACUUCUUCGACCAAUUUUACCCGUCUACAGUAAGAACGACAAACGACCAGAGCUGAGCGCUGUUGCAUUUGAUAUCCAGGGAAAUAUCUACGCUGCUGACAAAGCGAAUAACAGGAUACAAAAGUUUACUUUCGAUGGAAACUUUCUUUACUUUAUCGGUGGACUACACGACUUACACUGCCCCGUGGGAAUUGUUGUUAAGAGAAACGGUGAAGUCAUCGUAACUGAAUACGAGAAUCACCGAAUCAAAGUGUUUAGCCAAGAGAACUUAGGACAGAGUAUUACGAUUGGCGCAGUGGGGGUGGGGUCGGGAAAGUUUUCUUGCCCAAGGGGAGUGGCACUUGAUCAGCAUGACAACAUCGUGGUAGCUGACAGUCAGAACCACAGAAUUCAAGUGGUUUCUUCAUCUGGUGAACCUCUGGGGACAUUCGGAAUGAUUGGCUCAGAACCUGGAUAUCUUGAUACCCCGUAUGAUGUUGCCAUGGAUCCAGCUGGGAAUAUAAUUGUAGCUGAUGCAAAGAACCAUAGGUUGCAGGUUUUUACUCGAUUAGUGCCUGUUUAUACGGAGCACGCGACUUAUGAAGAGGAGUAUGAGGCUUCGGUAAAGAAAGAAAAUAGCGAUGAAGUAGUGACGUACAAUUCUGAUGAAGACCGGCUCCAAUUUUGCAUCGAUGAUCUCGUUGGCUUACCUUCUGAACCUCGUGAAAGUUCUAAUCGAGACAGUGAUCAGAAAAAUAAAGACGCAAAUCUAGAGACCAGAAGUGUAAGGGUCAAAGAGAAAAGUGUAACCACUGAAGGCUGCAGUGACGAGCCACUAGUGAAAACAAAACAAAUUUGUGAGAAAGGAGACACUAACAAUAAUGUUGUAGAUUUUGUGUAA